AUGGCCAGACAAGAAAGGCAGCUGCUGGUUAAUUUGAAAACGAACUAUCCCGAUGUGGUGGUAGAUAUUGGAAAAAUAGCUUUAGGAGAGAGAUCCAGAAAGAAGACCUCGUGCAAUCAGAGAAGGCAACGAAAGGAGCUUUCUGUAGCCGUGUGUGCGUUGCUGAAUUCAGGAGGAGGAAUAGUGAGGAUGGAGAGUGAAGACAAGAAUUACUGCUUUCAGGAGCACGGCAUUGGUCUGGACAUAGAGCAGAGCCUCAGGGCGUGCAUUGACUGCACCCAGACCAGCACAUACUUCACAUGGAUGCAGCAGGGGAGUUACUUGCUGCUUUUUGUUAAAACAUGGAGCUGUGGAGGUCCAGAGCAGAAAAGUGCAGCCACAAAGCCACGUAUCUGUAGCUUGAGCACUGGUUUGUCCUGUAGGGCCUUCAGUUCGGUUGUUUCUAUGGCUUCAAGUGAUGCUGCUGUAUUUCUGAGCAAGAGGGAAAGCAGUGCCAAGUGCCAUGUUGAGAAUGGGCCAAGUGCUAAGAAAGCUCUGCUGAAUUUUGAUGGGGGAGCAAACACCGAGGAGCACAACAUCCAAGAUGCCGCUGCCAGGUUUUUAAAGAGAGACAAAGUGAUGGUUGGGGAGGUCCUGAAUUUCACAGAGACAAAGCAUAUUGAAUUUAAGAAUUUUUCUACAGAAAAUAUCUUGGAAUACAUUAGAAAAACCCUUCCAAAUUAUGUCUCUGCCUUUGCAAACAGUGAGGGUGGUUAUUUAUUUUUCGGAGUGGAUGACAGCAAGAAAGUCGUGGGAAGCCAUAGGAAAGUGGAGAAAGAAGCUUUAGAAAAAACAGUAGCUGACACCAUGACCUCAAUGCCCAUCCAUCACUUCUGCGGCUCUCAGGCUGGCGUGCAGUUUAAGACUUACAUCCUGAGCGUUUAUGACAAAGCAGAAGGCUUGCAGGGCUACGUAUGCGCUGUGCGAGUUGAACCGUUCUGCUGCGCUGUUUUCCAUGAUAACCCUGAAUCCUGGAUGGUGAUGGGUGAGAGGAUCGAAAGACUGAGCAUCAGGAAAUGGACGGAGUUCAUGACAGCUGCAGACCCAGAUCUUUCAAAUCUGGCUGAUAAAUUUGAGAAUGAGCUCAGCUUGGCGAAUGGUCCUCCUCUUAUCAAGCCAGUUUAUUCAAAAGCUGGUCUCCAGUGUGUGUCUGAACUCCAAGAAUGCCUCUACCCAGAUGAGCCAGUAGGGAAGAAGACCAGCCUGGCUGAACAGAGAGUUUUGGCUGAAACUCAGGGGAAAAAAAGAGUUUAUGACCUUUGGAAGAAGGAGCAGGCAACUCCAGAGGACUACAAGGAUGUCAUGAGGGAGGUCCCAGUUGACCAGAGGUUGGCAAAUGCGACGCCCAUCUACAAGAAGGGCAGGAAGGAGGAUCCGGGGAACUACAGCCCUGUUGGCCUGACCUUGGUACCGGGGGCGGUUAUGGAGCACAUCAUCUUGAGUGCCAUCGCGCUGCCCAUACAGCACAACCAGGCGAUCAGGCCCAGUCAGCACGAGUUUACGAAAGGCAG